GAGAGAGAGAGAGAGAGAGACAGAAAGAAACAGGACAGUGAGGAUGGAGGAUGCUGGUCAUGAACUCGCUCUCUUUUUCUCUGUGAUGGAAGGAUUUUUGCUCUCAAGAAGCUGAUCAUUAUUAAGAUUCUGUGGAGUGAUGCGGACGUCCCGGGGUCCAGGGCUGUUGAGUCUGAACACACAUACAACAGGAAGUCCGGCUAAUGCGAAGAACACGCAAGAUAUGUAAUUCCUCUCAGAGAGGCUUCUGGAAUCCACCGAGGACCUUCGAAGACAGAGGAGAUACAAUAUGUUUACACGAGUCAUCUGUGUGUGAAACGAAAAGGAGACGGAAGGGAAAUUAAUUCAUCCGAGGAGGCAAAAAAAGAAAGAAAAACAAUGUUUAACUAAAGUGAAAUCGACGCUCGGUGGAGGAAUCCCAAAAUCGGAUACUUACCUUCUGGAAUACCUUUAAUACAGACACUUCACACUUGUAAUACAGGAAGGUCAUGACCCAGAUGCCAUGCGGAUCACCACGGUGACUGGCCUUCCAAACCCCUCCCCCUUCUUUUUCCUAUUGGCCCAGCUACAGUUUUGGCUCCUCCUCCUGGGCCAAGACAUCGCAGGAGCCACAUCGACCUGCCCGACACCUUGCAGCUGCUCCAAUCAAGCGAGCCGAGUGAUCUGUACGAGACGAAACCUGGACGAGGUUCCGGAAAAUAUAUCCAACAACACGCGAUACCUCAACUUACAGGAGAACUCGAUACAGGUGAUAAGAUCAGAUACCUUCAAGCACUUACGGCACUUGGAGAUCCUCCAGCUUUCCAAGAACCAGAUUCGUCAGAUUGAAGUCGGUGCAUUCAAUGGCCUCCCGAACCUCAACACUUUGGAACUGUUUGACAACCGUCUCACACUGGUGCCAUCACAGGCGUUCGAGUAUCUCAGCAAGCUUCGGGAGCUCUGGCUUCGAAACAACCCGAUUGAGACACUGCCAGGCUAUGCCUUCCACCGCGUGCCCUCCCUUCGCCGUCUUGAUCUGGGCGAGCUCAAAAAGCUGGACUACAUUUCAGACGCUGCCUUUGUUGGUCUUGUUAAUCUGCGCUACCUGAACCUGGGCAUGUGUGGCCUGAAGGACAUCCCCAACCUGACACCACUGAUCCGGCUGGAGGAACUGGAGCUUUCUGGAAACAGGCUGGAAAUCAUUCGGCCUGGAUCAUUCCAAGGUCUGGAGUCUUUGCGCAAACUGUGGCUUAUGCACUCCCAGAUGUCUGUCAUAGAACGCAAUGCCUUUGAUGACCUCAAGAGUCUGGAAGAAUUGAAUCUAUCCCACAAUUCUUUGCAUUCACUGCCUCAUGACCUCUUCACGCCAUUGCAGAAGCUGGAGAGAGUGCACCUCAACCACAAUCCCUGGGUGUGCAAUUGUGACGUGUUAUGGCUUAGCUGGUGGCUGAAAGAAACCGUACCAAGCAACACAACUUGCUGUGCCCGGUGCCAUGCACCACCAUACCUGAAGGGCAAAUACAUUGGAGAGCUGGACCAAAGCCACUUCACAUGCUAUGCCCCAGUUAUUGUCGAUCCCCCGACUGACCUCAACGUGACCGAAGGCAUGGCUGCUGAACUCAAGUGCCGCACAGGAACCUCCAUGACGUCUGUAAACUGGAUUACUCCCAAUGGAACCCUGAUGACGCAUGGAUCAUAUCGGGUCCGGAUCUCUGUGCUGCAUGACGGAACUCUGAAUUUUACAAAUGUUACCUUGCGUGACACUGGUCAGUACACCUGCAUGGUGACCAACUCGGCAGGCAACACCACAGCGACUGCCAUCCUGAAUGUCACUGCAGCAGACACCAGUGUCAAUUACACUUACUUUACUACCGUGACUGUUGAAACUGUGGAAUCUACUGGAGAAGAGGAUUCGGCCUUACGUUCGAUCAAUGAGACUAUUAUCCACAUCCCUGGACCUACACCUUCUGGACGUCUCUGGCAUGAUGGCAUCUCUACAACAGCUUCUUCUCUAUCAGUUUUUGGAUCCUCGUCUUCUCCCCGAGCAACCAAACCGACAUUUACUGUUUCAGUCUCUGAGCCGAGCUACCCCACCGGGCUGGAUGACGUAAUGAAGACUACCAAGAUCAUCAUCGGCUGCUUUGUGGCUAUUACCUUCAUGGCAGCUGUCAUGCUGGUGGUCUUCUACAAGCUGAGGAAGCAGCACCAGUUGCACAAGCACCACGGACCUACGAGAGCCAUUGAAAUCCUCAAUGUAGAGGAUGAACUCGGAGCCAGCGCCAGUGUUCUUGGAAGCGGGAUUUCUGGUGGAUCCACCAUGCCCCAGGCCGGGUCUAGUGGAGGAAGCCAGAGCCUGAGGCUGCAUCAUCCAGAGAUCGUCAAUCUACCCAACCUGGCACGGACGGACCACCUUAACCACUACUACAAGCCCCACCACUUCAACAACAACAUGAUGAGUUUCUCUGGAAGCUCUGGAAUGGGCCUCAACAACAACAACAACCCUUGUUCCCAGACCCAGCCCAUGCCAAUCUCCUGCUCCCAGGUGCCUGUCUCUGUGAGCUCCAUUCCCUCCUCAAUGCCUCUGCCUACCCUUAGCAUCCAUGGAUCACUCAAAGGCUUAAUGGGUAAAGGGCAGAACCCUCAAAUCGAGCCUUUACUCUUUAAGAGUGGCUCCAAGGAGAAUGUCCAAGAGACACAGAUCUAAGACAGAGAGAGAGUGAGAGCGAGUGUGUGUGAGAGAAAGGGGAUAGAGAAAUAAAACAAGGGAGGGAAAAAUAGAAAGAUGGCAUGAGGGAGACAGAAACAGAUGAAGUGUACUGGCUGUUCAGCCCCCGUGGGUUUGUUGUUCUCAGGAGUAACGAGCGAGGUAGACCCAGCAUUGUAUGACAUAUUACCUACACAAGAAAAAGACAUUGCUGUGAAACACUACACUGCAAUGGCAGAGACAGGAGAGAGUAUGAGAGAGAGGAAGAAGAAAGAAAGACAGAUGCUGCAGCAUUUCGAUUAACACUUACCGAACCAACACUCACUCCAUUCAACGUGUAGAUGAAACCAUCAGCAGAGCAAAUGCACUCACACAUCAUUCUAUACCGUAUCAGUUUAAUACAUGGUCAGUAAUUAUGUGCCAAACUUGCAAGGAAUUGUGCCAAAGCUAAAUCUUUGUGCAUCAGCAUUACAAAGCAUAAUAACCACAGAGGCUAAUCUUACUGAAAAGUCAGAUAAAAGAAGAAGAGCUUGUCCGACACGUCAGCGAGCGUCGUCCCGGCUACGACGCUGGACAAAAAAAGUCCACACACAGUAUGCAGUAAAUGAGAACUCCAUAAAUUUGAAAGCAAAAUUUUUAUAAAUGUAUAUCGAACAUACAGAAGUGUUCUAAAUAUGUAUAAACCUGCACAAGGUAUUAUAGCGUCGCCGUACAGUAGGAGCGCAGAGGAACGACAAGAAAAGGUUUACGGUUUAGACCUGGAGGUUUUCUGUAGUAUUCAGGGUCGACGGAUUAGACAGACCAGCACUGUGUCGAGGGCUGGGGAUUUGUUCCGAUGGACUCCGCCAUAUUCUCG